CUUCAUUGUAUACAAUUGUUAAACGUCAAAAUGACUUAAAUAAGUACGAUGAAUAAAAAAAUGGUAAUUAAAUGAAAAUAUGGAUUCCACUUAUGAGCUUCUUAUGCAAGCCAUUUAUGACAAAGAUGUACAGCUGAUAUACUGUAUUAACAGAGGAAUCAAUGUAAAUAAAAUAUGUUCCAACGGUAUGACCCUGAUUGGGGCAGCAGCACAGACUGGAAAUUUGACAAUACUUAAGUUGUUGAUUGACUUUCACAAUUGCAUUACAUCCAAGGCGAGCUUGCAGGAUAUAAGAAAUGAAAAUAGACCUGGAAAGCCUUUUAAUUUGCAGCUGGAUAGUGGACAACAGAAGAGAAAUAUUGGGUAUUUCAUUGUGUGUAGGGAUAUGGAUGAAAAUGAGUUUGGAGAUGGGCCUACUCCUGAUGGAAUGGAGGCUUUAGAAUGGGAUAUGGAAGUCAACUCCUCUGACAUUACAGAAGAAGAACCCAACGACGACGGACAAGUAAACUUGUACCGAUGGUACGCGAACAUCCUGAACCGAACAUCGGUAAUCCUCGAGUCGCCCGAAUACGACAUCGGCCGUCUCGAUCGCCACGGCCAAAGCGUGCUGCACUACGCCGUAAACAGCGGAAACAUCGAGAUGGUCGAACACCUCAUGACCACCUUCGAGAAAGAUUUGCACGUCAAUUUGACGGACGCGUGCGGCCUGUCGCCGCUGCACAUCGCGUCCGCCAACGGCGAUUUGGAGAUGGUGAGGUGGCUGGUGAGGAAAUGCGCCAAGGUAAAUUAUCUGGGCGGCAGGAUGCGCCAGAGUGCCUUGCACAUGGCCGCGCGUGGCAACCAUGUCGGAGUCAUGGAGAUUCUUAUUGAUGCAGGUGCAAACGUGAACAUCAUAGACGUCGAAGAAAAAUCCGCCCUAACCACCGUAGCCCGCAACGGCUUCGUAGAAGGCGUUGAAAUCCUCGUCAGGGCGGGCGCCAAGGUGAACCACGAGGACUUGGAGGGCGUGACCGCCCUGCAGUACGGCGUGUGGGCGGACGAGGCGGGCAUUGUCAAAAUUCUAGUCGAGAGGGGCGCAAGAGUGAUCCCUUCGCAUUAUUUGCUACACGUGGCCGUCUCGAAUAGUAACAGCGAGUGCGUUAAGGCGCUGGUCAAAGGUGGCGCUAUCGUCAAUUUUAAGGAUGAGAGGGGAUUUACUCCUCUCAUGUUGGCGUGUUCGAGGAAACAUGUGGAAAUGGCGAGACUGUUAAUAGACCUGGGCGCAGACGUUAACACAGCAAGUCACAUCGACGGCAAAACCGCGCUACACGUCUGCGUGCAAGACGUGCGCGAGCAACGCAGCGCAAACGCGCUCAUCGAGCUACUGAUCGACCACGGAGCCGACAUGAACGCAUCCAGUUACCAGGGCACGGUCCUCUUCUACUCCAUCAUCCUCGAAAACCGCAGCGCCUCGAUGGCCGUCAUACGCCACGGCGCCGAGGUGAACCUGCGCGACGAGCGCGCGUACGUGGACAAUUUGAGUUUGGCGAAGCGCCACGGGAAUUUAGAGCUAGUGAAAAUGUUGGUGUUCGGCGGGUUCCGCAUGACCGACAUGUCCGUCGAAUUGGACAAGCUAAGGACGCGACAGGACGAUGCGGCGUACGAUUUUUUGACGCACGUCAAAAGCAACGCGCUGAGUUUGAAGGAGAUUUGCCGGAUUUCGAUACGCAGCGAGAUGGGCGCCAAAAAUUUGAUCAAACGGAUCAAGUUGCUGCCGUUGCCGACAACCGUGCAGCACUAUUUGUCCCUAAAUAUUCUGUAAGCUAUAGUGUGUUCAGCGAAUGGAAAAUUCUGAAAGAUGUUUGUUUGCUUGUAUUCUCAAUUAUUUAUGACAACAAGCAAAUUAUUUUUUCCCGAUUUUUUCAUUUAAAAUCAGUAAAUAUUUUU